AGAAGCGUCUAGAGUGACUGGAGCGCAGCGGCGGAGGCGCAGUGGAGAAUCACAGCAGCACAAAUCCACUGCGCUCAUGGCAUCAAGGAGAAUGGAGACCAAACCAGUCAUAACCUGCCUCAAAACUCUCCUCAUCGUCUAUUCCUUCGUGUUCUGGAUCACGGGGGCGAUCCUGCUUGCAGUGGGAUUAUGGGGGAAAUUCAUUUUGGGUCCGUACAUCGCUCUGAUCGCUGAGAACUCCACCAAUGCUCCCUACGUGCUCAUCGGGACCGGGACCACCAUCAUCGUGUUUGGACUGUUCGGGUGCUUCGCCACGUGCCGCGGGAGCCCAUGGAUGCUCAAACUGUACGCCAUGUUCCUGUCUCUGGUGUUCCUGGCCGAGCUGGUCGCUGGCAUCUCGGGCUUUGUUUUCCGUCAUGAGAUCAAAGGCACCUUUAUGAGGACAUACAACGAGGCCGUUCACAACUACAACGCCAAGGACGAGAGGAGCGUCGCGGUGGACAACAUCCAGAGGAGUUUGCGUUGUUGUGGAGUUCUGAACUACACCAGCUGGUUCUCCAGCGUUUAUUUCUCUGUGAAUGGAAUUCCUCCGAGCUGCUGCGCUAACGUCUCCGACUGCAAGUCCUCAGACCUGCGAAACGCCACCAUAGCACCCACCAAAGUCUAUCAGCAGGGCUGCUAUGAGCUGGUGACGACUUUCAUUGAGACUAACGUGGGCAUUAUUGCUGGAGUAACGUUUGGAAUUGCAUUCUCGCAGCUGAUCGGGAUGCUGCUUGCCUGCUGUCUGUCACGAUUCAUCACUGCCAAUCAGUACGAGAUGGUGUAGAGGCCUGUGCACAGGCACAGAAGACAUACGACACCUUGGAAAGGGAAAGCAACCCAAAAAUGCUAGCACACUCCAUUCUUUCUAAUCUCUUUUUUUAUUUUAUCUCCUUUUAUCUGUCAUUCUGUCUUUCCUGGCUUCUUUUCUCUCCUUUCCGUCAUUCCUAAAUCAUGCAGUUAUGCCAUGACCAAAGCCUCUUCUUUCGAAACAUCAGCGUUAGUGGGGAAAAGGAAAUGGUUUUAAGACGCAGUCCUGCGCACUCGUACUUUACUCUGUACAAAAACCUUGCAUGUGGAAACCAUCUCACACACACUACUAAAGUCAACAGCGUUUCUGUAACACCGCGUCCUAACCGAUCACAUACAAGCCAAUCGAUAUCGCAAUCUCUCUCUAGCUGCAUAUCAAAUAUGUUCAGGUUAGCUGUGGUUUUGCUGUUUUUUCUAUUUUUAGACAGAGAAAUUAAAUUAAGUGUGGUUUGUUAGAUAUCUA